UUCAGACUUUUAUCAAUCAAAAUUACAGAGGGAAGAACACCCUACUUUGUCAUCGUUCCAGUAUUAUUUGUUACCAGUGGCCACACCGCGAUAAGCCCCAUCCCGGGAUCAGUCCGGUCCCGGGUCGCUUCCCGGUGUUUUCCACCGAAGCUCUCUGACGUCAUUUCCUCACGGUUGUCACUUCCGGAUGCGGUAAGGAGAGAAGGGAAACAUUCGGCAAAGCAGGGGUUAAUUUAAAUGACAGCCGCGACUGUAAAGUUAGUUGAAACAUAAAGUGCAUCGAUCUUGAUACUAGCCGCAGUGUUAUCUCCUGGCCGGUGUCCCGGUGGACUUGGACCGGGGCGGAGAGACUGGACCCUCCGGUUGUUCGUGACUCGCGUUACCGACCGCAGAAAUCGACGAGCUUCACGGAUCAACAAACGGUGGAAACACGGAACUGUGCUGUGUGGAUGUUUGAUCCGUAAAACCAUAACCGAGCGAUUAUGGACUUGGUUUAAUGUGUGGAGAUCCGGAUCGGGUGGUUUUGGUUUAGAUCGGAUUGUAAACCUGGGAGCCAGCUGUCAACAAAGCUAAGCCAAGUUUUAACGAGGGGACGGAUCUGCCUUUUCUCUUCACUUUUACAGACUUCAGAGUUAAAUCACUCGUUAUCCUCUGAUCGAUGUUGGACAUGGAUCUGAUGUGGACUUCGAUAUCAGAACUCUGUGCGGUUCUUACGGGCUGUGAAUAACGCGUUGGCCCGCGGGCUUAUCUUCAGCUUACUCCUUCCGUCUCCUGCUGACUGGACGCUUUAACUUCUGCUGUCAUUGUGUGUGUGUGGCAAUAUUGCUGUGUGGAACUGUUCCUUUAGUCUGUUUUAUAACUUAUCGAACCUCAAUACGACCUUCAUCUCAACAGUACACUAUGAACGGCCUUUCUCUGAGCGAGCUGUGUUGCCUGUUCUGCUGCCCCCCCUUCCCCGGCCGCAUCGCCGCCAAGCUGGCCUUCCUGCCCCCCGAGCCCACCUACACCCUCAUACCCGACCCGGACGCCGGCCCCGCCCUGCCUCCCGGGGCGGCGGGCGGCCUGGGCUGGAAGCUCCACCUGAUGGACCGCGCCGAGUUCCAGUACUCCCAGCGGGAGCUGGACACCACCGACGUGUUCCUCACGCGCUCGGCCCGCGGCAACAAAGUGAGCUGCAUGUACAUCCGCUGUGCCCCCGCUGCCAGGUUCACGGUGCUCUUCUCCCACGGUAAUGCGGUGGACCUGGGUCAGAUGAGCAGCUUCUACAUCGGCUUGGGGACGCGGAUCAACUGCAACAUCUUCUCCUACGACUACGCCGGCUACGGCGCCAGCACGGGCAAGCCGUCGGAGAAGAACCUGUACGCCGACAUCGACGCCGCCUGGCACGCACUGCGCACGCGGUACGGCAUCAGCCCUGAGAACAUCAUCCUGUACGGCCAGAGCAUCGGCACGGUGCCCACGGUGGACCUGGCGUCGCGCUACGAGUGCGCCGCCGUCGUGCUCCACUCCCCGCUCACCUCCGGCAUGAGGGUGGCCUUCCCCGAGACCAAGAAGACCUACUGCUUCGACGCCUUCCCCAACAUCGAGAAGGUCUCUAAGAUCACGUCCCCGACGCUGAUCAUCCACGGGACGGAGGACGAGGUGAUCGACUUCUCCCACGGCCUGGCGCUCUACGAGCGCUGCCCCAAGGCGGUGGAGCCCCUCUGGGUGGAGGGCGCCGGCCACAACGACAUCGAGCUGUACACCCAGUACCUGGAGCGCCUGCGGCGCUUCAUAGGGCAGGAGCUGGCCGCACAGCACCCCUAGUGGUGGGAGGGGGGAGUGCUGCCCCUCGCCGCCUCAUAGGGCAGGAGCUGGCCGCACAGCACCCCUAGUGGUGGGAGGGGGGAGUGCUGCCCCUCGCCGCCUCAUAGGGCAGGAGCUGGCCGCACAGCACCCCUAGUGGUGGCAGGGGGGAGUGCUCCUCGCCCUCUCCUCCUGACCCCCCCCAACCCCCGUCGUCGUCGUCGUGGGCGUGCUACCGACCCCACAACCAGACGAGGACCUCCCUGAAAUACGUUUACCAAAGUGUAGAAUCACAACCCGCCACUCCUCCCUCCAGAACUACAGACGUUUUUUUUUACAGGAAGCCGAGACUACAGUCAGCAGCACCAACACAGCCAGUGGAGGCGGAGCCAAGCAUGCUCCCCCCCCCCCCACCGCCUCUUCUCCAAGACUCACCUGUCCCAGGGCCAGGAUCCCAGUCCCGUGCGUCAGAGGGAAUCCCUCCCCGACACUCGGGCUGGCGUUGGGGAGCCACGGUCUCUCUCGGAGCCGGCCUCACUUUCUAAUUCGUGCAUUAGUUCUAUCGGGUUGAAACCAGUGCCGCUUAUUAUGACUAACGAGACCAAGCUGUUUGGUGACACAUGCUCCGCUGCUAUGCCUCACGUAACCGCGCGUCCAAUGCACUAUACCCUGCCGCGUUUUGACUCUAUACCCCUCGGAGUGACGUCCGGGUGCCCAGUCGUUUGUACAUAUUCGGGUGGAUGUAAACCCUGCUUUACAUUUUGAUAAUCCUUUUAACAUUAACGUAGCGGUUGAUCUAACACUGACCUCUGCGACCCAUAGGACCCAGUGUUUGUUUUGUCUUAGCGGUGUUAUUUACGGGGAUAUCUCUGACGGCUAAUGUUAUCUUUUCUGUGGGCUCUUCUUAAUCAACCGGUGGUGGGCAUGGUUCGUUCACUGUCCUGCAGAUUUGUUUUUAAGGCAUUGGUUGCACGCCGACUCGCCACUCGUGCACAUCCAUUUUGUAUGGUUUUAUUUAACAGAUUACAUUUGCCUGAAAUACCUCGUAACACUUCCCAGACUUCAGACUCGACCACAACAUUGGCAGUAUGUCCCUUUUGUGGCUCCAGUUUGUUAAGACUCUGGCUUGAGCAAGGCUAAAGGUGAAUACUUGGUGGUUUAACAAAAACCAAAUGGUAUUGUUUAGUUUGUGUGUGCCGAUUAAAUGUAAUGUUUAUAUUUCUACCAAAGACUAAAGUGCGUCUUUCUCUAUUUACGGCUGCAACUUGUCUCUUAAUAUGCAGUUUUAACAAGAAAUGUAAUUUUUUUCAUUUUGCCCUGGACACAAAUUGUAAAGCAUUCAGCAAAAUUAUCAUAUUUUUCUAUCGUGUCAAGACUCGUGUUUUCCACUCUCACAAGAAAAGAUGUUAAAUUCUAAAGCCCGCCUGGGCAGUUAUUUCAUAUUGCUUUGCAGGGAGGUGAAUGCAAUCCAACCAAAUCUGUAGUUUUGUAGAGCAACUGUUUAUGGGUGUGUUUGUGUGUUUUUGGUUGGUUGACAUAUUGUUAUGCUGUUGAUUCGAAUUAUACAAAAUGUAUUCAUUGUUGUAAAUAAAGUUAUUUUCCUCCUCCAUGUAUUUGUGGACUUAAUUUGUUCUUAUUC